AUGGUUAUUAUCUCAGCAGCGAUAUGUGAUAAAAAUGGAAUCCUUUUUAUAGGUAGAUAAUUUUAAGGAAUUACAACAAAUGAAUUAAGGGAACAAGUUCGUAAUUUUCCUAAAUUGAUUUCACCAACUUAAUAGCAUACAUUUAUAGAUCACGAGAAUCAGAGAUAUAUAUACACUCCAAUAGAUAACAUUUAUAUAGUUUUGAUUACUUCAAAAAAUAGCAAUAUAAUUGAGGAUUUAGAAGUAUUAAGGAUAUUGAAGAAUGUCCUCUCUGAUAUCUGCUAAUAAAUUAGCGAGGAGUCAAUAAAAAAGAAUAGUUUUGAGAUUCUUUUAGCUAUUGACGAUAUAAUAUCAGCAGGGUUGAGAGAAAGCACAACUACAAGUUAAGUGUAGACAGCUCUUGAAAUGGAAAGUUCAGAAGAGAAGAUCCAUUUGAUGUUAACCAAAGCAAGAGAAAAUGAAGCAAAAGAAUAAGCCAAAAAACAUUAGAUGGAAAUGGAAAGGAAAAGAUAAGAAGAAUUAGCUUAGAAAAGGAAUUAAAAACAAUCCAAAGCUAUUGAUAAUGCAUUCAAGUUACCAUAAAAUGAGGAAAAAGUAAAUCCAGCACCAAAACCUGAAGUAAUCAAUGAAAAUUUAAGUACACAAUCAUAAUCCCAAGUGACUCAAAAAUCUAAUGUGAAAUAAGCUCCUAAAAAAGGCAUGUAAUUAACAAAGAAGAAAGAAUCCACUUCAUUCGAAUGAAUUUAAUAUUAAUAAUGCAGAUAGCUAUAAUGAUUU